AGCCAGUUGAUGUUGAAGGUGGUGGUGGGAAGUUUCCAUGGGGGAAGGGUGGGCAGCACGAGCUGGUCCGCAUCGUCCAGUCUCACGCCCCUUGGUGUGUCCUGUCUCGGUGAGGGGUGGGUGGGUGGACAAGCCAGUUACCAGCCAGACUUGCUCCUUCGUAGCUUUAGUGGCAUUACUUGGUGUCUAAUAGCGAGUAUUUCCUUUCUCUCACCCCUUAGAUCGGCCGGGCUUGCGCGGGACGGACGAGAUCGCCAAACUCAAUGAAGCCGUCGGCCGAUCACUCCUUAUGGAGCUGGACAAGACCCACAGGUAUCCAGUCAAGGGGGGACGUGACUGUGUACGCCUUCCUGAUCGCCAAGAUGCCGGCACUCAGGUUUCUGGCUACAGGAGAUUCAUAUAGAUCAUUGGCCUACAGCUAUCGCCUGGGCCAUUCAACCGUUCAGGGUAUUGUUGUGCAAGUGUGUACCGCGAUAGUCAAGAACCUACUGAAAGAAGCUAUACCAGAACCCACCGAAGACAAGUGGAAGAAAAUUUCUGACCAAUAUUGGACAAAUUGGAACUUCCCAAACUGUCUUGGGUCCUUAGAUGGGAAACAUGUUGAAAUAGAAUCCCCAGCAAAUAGUGGUUCACUAUAUUUCAGCUAUAAGAAGACCUUCUCUAUUGUAUUAUUAGCAUUAGUCGAUGCGAAUUACAGGUUUAUAUGGAUUGAUGUGGGAUCCUAUGGCAAAAAUAGCGACAGUGGAAUUUUUUCUACAUCAAGCCUUUGCAAGAACUUGGAGGAGAACAAACUGAAUGUUCCGAAUGAUGCUGGCACUGAUAUUCAUGCACCAUAUGUUAUCGUGGGCGACGAGGCAUUUCCUCUCAAGAGAAACUUGAUGCGCCCAUACCCCGGUUCUCAAACUGAACAUGAUGAGCACAAGAGGAUCUUCAAUUAUAGAUUAUCUCGUGCAAGAAGGAUGGUAGAGUGUGCAUUUGGAAUACUUGCUCAAACUUUCAGACUGUAUUUAAGAAAACUCAAAGCAAAUCCUUGUAAUGCUACUACCAUAAUAACAGCAACUUGCAUACUUCAUAACCUAAUACGUCCAAGUGACGUUGCACAGCUGGGAUCUGUCGACAUGCCUUCUGCAAAUCCAGUUAAUUUACUUCCACUUACAGGAAGGGGUGGGAAUGCUACUAGGGAAGCUUUUGCUGUGAGAGAAACUCUAAAAAACUAUUUCGUAUCACGUACUGGUUCAGUUGAUUGGCAAAAUCAAAAAAUUUAAACAUUCAUAAAUUAGCAUUGCUUACCUUCACAACCCAAUUGUCUGUUAACUUCGCCC